CGCCCAGCCGGCGUGACCGGCUCCGCCCGCAGCCGCCCCGCAGCCCAGCCCGGCGCUCUCGCGGGUCACUCGGACCGGCGCCCGGGAGCGAUGAGCCAUGAAGCCGCCCGGCAGCAGCUCCCGGCGGCCCCUGACGGGCUGCAGCCUGCCCGGCGCCUCCCGCGGCCCCGGCCGCUGCCCCGCCGGCCCGGUGCCGGCCCGCGCGCCGCCCUGCCGCCUGCUCCUCGUCCUUCUCCUGCUGCCUGCGCUCGCCGCCUCGUCCCGGCCCCGUGCCCCGGGGGCCGCUGCGCCCAGCGCUCUGCAUUGGAAUGAAACUGCAGAAAACAACCCGGGAGUUCUGGCAGAUGAAGACAGCACAUUGCAACAGAAUAGCAGCAGAAAUACCAGCUACGGCAGUGCAGUGCAGAAAGAAAUCACACUGCCCUCAAGACUGGUGUAUUACAUCAACCAGGACUCAGAAAGCCCUUAUCAUGUUCUUGACACAAAGGCCAGACACCAACAGAAACACAAUAAGGCUGUCCAUCUGGCCCAGGCAAGCUUCCAGAUCGAAGCCUUUGGCUCCAAGUUCAUUCUUGACCUCAUACUGAACAAUGGUUUGCUAUCUUCGGACUACGUGGAGAUCCACUAUGAGGACGGGAAGCAGAUGUACUCUAAGGGCGGAGAGCACUGCUACUACCAUGGAAGCAUCAGAGGCGUCAAGGACUCCAGGGUGGCUCUGUCGACCUGCAAUGGACUCCAUGGCAUGUUUGAGGACGACACUUUCAUGUAUAUGAUAGAGCCUCUGGAGCUGACUCAUGAUGAGAAAAGCACUGGCCGGCCACACAUAAUCCAGAAAACCUUGGCAGGACAAUAUUCUAAGCAGAUGAAGAACCUCAGCACAGAUGGCAGUGACCAGUGGCCUUUGCUACCUGAAUUACAGUGGCUGAGAAGAAGGAAAAGAGCAGUCAAUCCAUCGCGAGGUGUGUUUGAAGAAAUGAAAUAUUUGGAGCUUAUGAUUGUUAAUGAUCACAAGACGUAUAAGAAGCACCGCUCUUCUCACGCGCAUACGAACAACUUCGCAAAGUCUGUGGUCAACCUUGUAGAUUCUAUUUACAAGGAACAGCUCAACACCAGGGUUGUCCUGGUGGCUGUAGAGACCUGGACCGAGAAGGAUCAAAUUGACAUCACCAUCAACCCCGUGCAGAUGCUUCAUGAGUUCUCCAAGUACCGGCAACGUAUCAAACAGCAUGCCGAUGCGGUCCACCUUAUCUCGCGUGUGACAUUCCAUUAUAAGAGAAGCAGUCUGAGUUACUUCGGAGGUGUGUGUUCCCGAAUAAGAGGGGUUGGUGUGAAUGAGUACGGUCUUCCAAUGGCAGUGGCACAAGUGUUAUCGCAGAGCCUGGCUCAAAACCUUGGAAUCCAGUGGGAACCUUCGAGCAGGAAGCCAAAAUGUGAAUGCAUAGAGUCCUGGGGCGGCUGCAUCAUGGAAGAAACAGGGGUGUCCCACUCUCGAAAGUUCUCAAAGUGCAGCAUUUUGGAGUACAGAGACUUUUUACAGAGAGGAGGCGGAGCGUGUCUUUUCAAUAGGCCGACUAAGCUGUUUGAGCCCACGGAAUGUGGAAACGGAUAUGUGGAAGCCGGGGAGGAAUGCGAUUGUGGUUUCCAUGUGGAAUGCUACGGAGUUUGCUGUAAGAAAUGCUCUCUCUCCAACGGGGCCCACUGCAGUGACGGCCCCUGUUGUAACAACACCUCGUGUCUUUUUCAGUCACGAGGGUACGAAUGUCGGGAUGCUGUGAACAGCUGUGAUAUAACCGAGUACUGCACCGGAGACUCUGGCCAGUGCCCGCCGAAUCUGCAUAAACAAGAUGGCUACGCCUGCAAUCAAAAUCAGGGUCGCUGCUACAAUGGCGAGUGCAAGACAAGGGACAACCAAUGCCAGUACAUCUGGGGGACAAAGGCUGCGGGGUCAGACAAGUUCUGCUAUGAAAAGCUGAACACAGAAGGCACCGAGAAGGGCAAUUGUGGCAAAGAUGGAGACCGGUGGAUUCAGUGCAGCAAACAUGACGUGUUCUGUGGAUUUCUGCUUUGCACCAAUCUUACCCGAGCUCCGCGUAUUGGUCAACUUCAAGGAGAGAUCAUCCCGACUUCCUUCUACCAUCAAGGCCGAGUUAUUGACUGCAGUGGUGCUCACGUAGUUUUAGACGAUGAUACAGAUGUGGGCUAUGUAGAAGACGGGACUCCAUGUGGCCCCUCCAUGAUGUGCUUAGAUCGGAAGUGCCUACAGAUUCAAGCCCUAAAUAUGAGCAGCUGCCCACUUGACUCCAAGGGUAAAGUCUGCUCAGGCCAUGGGGUGUGUAGCAACGAAGCCACCUGCAUCUGUGACUUCACUUGGGCGGGCACAGACUGCAGCAUCCGGGAUCCAGUUCGGAACCCCAACCCCCCAAAGGAUGAAGGACCUAAGGGUCCUAGCGCCACCAAUCUCAUAAUAGGCUCCAUCGCUGGUGCCAUCCUGGUAGCAGCUAUUGUCCUUGGGGGCACAGGCUGGGGAUUUAAAAACGUCAAGAAGAGGAGAUUCGAUCCCACUCAGCAAGGCCCCAUCUGAAUCAGCUGCACUGGAGGAAUGCCACCUUGCACUGUGGGGUUCUGGCAAUGACAUGCUUUCCACCAUGCUGCUGGAACUCUUAACUCUGUAAACAAGACCAUUGGGUGGUAAUGACUACAAAGCUCAAAUCUGAGGCCGGGGAUGGGGUACAACACAACAGUCCCUUUUGGAAAUAACUUCAAGUAACCCCCUCUAUCACCUGUCAAUAAAGGGGAGGGGUUAAAGACCACGUCGUUAUAAAAAACUGUUCAGAAUCCUUUAUUUUUCUUUCUUUUUAACUAAAGGAGAAGGGAGAAGCAACAAGUGCAAUAAAAGAACAAAUCGCCAGUGACCCCCCCCCUUAGCCUGCUGACACUUAAUAUCUUCUAAAGGAUUUGGCAUGAUUUUUUUUCCUUUUACUAUCAAAGACAAACUCCAGCGGCAUGAAGAUCCAAUUUUGGAAAGGGUAAAAACUGCAUGGCAUAUAUAACAACAAGCUAGCAAGCCAGCCUUCAGCAAAUCCUACCGUGGAAAUCCCAAGGGGAAGAUGACAGACGACCACACAGACGCUGCCUGGCUUUGGAUUAAUGCCUUCCCACUCCUCCACCUCCGUCCUGGCCCACCCCUUCCCUCCAUGCCCCUCGGCCCACUCUGGACCGGCCGUGGCAGCCCUCAUCUGGACUGUGUUCUUGAUGCGCUGUACCCAUUAUUUCUCUCCUGGACCAAGCAUCCUUUGGAAAUGGGAUCUGGAGCUUGAACAAUGCUAUUGUACAGUUCUUUUGUAAAUGUAGAUAUGGAAGUGAGGUUUUGACACGCCAUUUUCGCUUGUCUCUAUGGAAAUGUUUUCCUCGCAAAGAUUCUCUCUAUACUUUGUUUGUUGCUUGCUCCACAUCUCCUUUAUCUUUCUUUUUCCUCUUGUUUUUUCCCUCCUUUGUCUCUGUCCUCUCUUAUAACAUAUCCACUUGCUUAACAAGACAGAUGUAGCCACAGAUGCAGGGAGUUUGGGCACAAAUCUAGAAUGUUUGAAACCAAAUAUUAAAAAAAACUAGGGGGCUGGGGGGGAACCACAAAACAACCCAUAACAAGAACACAAAAUAUGUAAAUGUGAGUGUAUAUGUAAUGAUGACCCUAACAUGUUUGAUGUCAUCAUAAGCACAUGUAUAUACUGUAGGGAAACCGAGACCCUUCUCAAGUUAAUCACAGAAGUGCCAAACUCAUCAUUCUCGCUUCUGGUUUCGACAGUUCUCUUUCCCUGUCAUAAAUGUGAAAGGAGGAGGAACUUAAAGCCUUAAAUAAAGAAUUAAUAACUUUUAAAUGCUGGAAGCUUGGAGACAGUUAAGCUUUCCAUUCUGUUCAUCUGUAUCUAUUUAAUUUUUUUUUGAUAAAUUUCAUUUAUGCUUCCUC